UUCUCAUAGCCUGUUGUCGUUUUCAUGGUGGUGAUGACGAUGACCAUGACGAUGAUUUCCUGUUUGUUUGAAAGAACACAGCUUCAAAUUUCAAGAUUUCCCCUUCUCUCUUCACUUGCCCGUUUCUUAGAAUUGUGUUCAUCCAUUGAUCCAUGGAUUUGAGUGGAUCUGAGGGAGAUGGGAUGGCUUUGUGCCAGGAACACCCAUGGUUGACUCCAACAUCAACAUACAGCCAAUUCACAGAACCCUAGAGCCCUCACGUAGACCUUGUUUUUGCCUUCUGUCGGAGGGCUACUUCUCUUUCUGGGAACAGUGCCAACUCAAUGGGCUACUUAAUACCUUGAUUGUUAUUCACUUCAACAGGAGCUUGGGUUGAACUGCUCUGAGUGUGUGUUGUUUGUGAGCGAGUGGCCGAGCUGGGGUUAUUUUUAUACUUUAUAUUUUUAUAUCUAAUAAAAUAGAUCUUUAAAAUCAACUAUCCAGAUUUUACAUUAACAAUUUUCUAAAUCAUGUUGUAACAUGUUUAUUCAUAUAAAUUAAAAUUCAUUAGAUGUAUUAUAAAGAUCUUUUUAUAGAUUGAAAAAUAAAAGAUAGUAUUAGAACCGAAAUAAUUUGGCAUCAUUUUUAACAAUAAAAUUAAAACAAAAAUUUAAAGUAUAAAAUAAAUUUUUAAAUUUUAUUCUAUAAUUGCCACUUAAUAUUGUCUACAAUUUAUAGGUGCUAAAUUUAUCAUGUUAGGAUGUUCUAACAUGUCUAUUUUAUUAAGAUUCAUAACAUAUCUGAUAUUUAAAGGAUCUUGAUAGGAGUUUCUAUCUUUACAUUAGCUACUCAAAGAUAGCUUUAUAUCUCCGACCCCCGGGUGUGGCAGGAGACUUCUCCAACCCACCCACGGAGUCUCUGCACAAUCCGACUUCGUGCAGGGACCACCAAUUGGACGCAUUUGGACUUCGUGCAGGGACCACCAAUUAUGGCCGGUGUGGCCAUGACUGCGGAUCACGUCCGUGACUGUGGAGGUAGGCUAUUGGGAGUGGUAGCCAGCAUGGGCCGUUGUGUGAUGGACCUGUGCAUAGGCACGGGCUGUGCCUUUCGGCGUGGCUGUGCAGGUUUGGCUGCUGCUGGUGACAGCAUGUUGUGUUGCCUGAGACAAGCUCAAGCGAGGCCGAGUGUGGGAUCGUGGGACAUCGAUGGGGGAUUACAGGGUCCCGCUUUGCGGCGGUCAGAGAUGGGAGAAUGGUUUGCUCCCCUUGUCUCAGAGAAUGACUGGGGUGCACUUUAGAAUCGCACGAUACCGACAGGGCACUCCCCUACACCCAAACCAGGGGGAAGUGAAUCUUGUGGAUCAGGCGAGGACAUCCAUCCAGGCGAAGGGACAUGUGUGUGUAUUAAGAUACUUGUCAGUCCAAAGAUUGCACAGUGUGAAUCAAUAUACGUGUGUUUUUCAUGAUUUAUAUCUAACAAGGUUGUGUAUAUUAGUGUCGAAAUUAUAAGGCUAUUCCAAAACAUUAUGCUCCAACAAAGUCCCGUCAAAUUGCA